AUGCAUGCAGCAACAAAGGGCAGGGGGAACAAGCACGUCGGGGUAGGAAGGAAGAAGUUCUUGACCCUUCUGCUCUUGUUCGUCGCCUUCCUCUUCGACGGUGUUGGCUCUUGGAGCCUUCACUCCUGCCUGUCAAGACCGACAAGGAGGAUUGGAUCAUGCAAGUGCUCAAGAACAACUUCUGCUGUGACCGCCAUGCUGUCAAAACCGUCCUGGGGGAUGAAAUUGGAGCGAAGUAUGGUAGCAGGAGGAGCGGGGGAGGGAGAGGGGGAAAGUGAAAGUGGAGAAGGGCGCGAGGAUGCGAUCUUUUGCGGAGGAGAGAGGAUCGGGUUCAUGCGAGCAGCAUUCGGAGUUUAUGAGGAGGUGGAAGGAAAAGUCGUGCGGGUAAACCCUCUUUGUGCAGACGGGGAGGUCAGAAACAAGGAGGAGGUGAGAGGGAGUAUCGCCAUGGUGCUAAGAGGAAGCAGCUCCGAUGUCCCCUGCUCCUUCGUGGACAAGGCGAGGAGGGUGGGAGAGGCUGGAGCGAUUGGAAUGAUCGUGGUGAACGAUGAAGAUAGCUUGAUUUCCCCAGGGGACAGCAGGAGGGAAGGAGGAGACGUGGCUUUCCCUGUGGUGGGGAUCAAGCUGAUGGAUGCGGAGAAGAUGGAGGAUAAGUCAACAGUUAGGAUCACCUUCAAGGAGACAGACCAGUUCUCCCCUGCUCAGCGACGCUUCCUCCGAGCUGUUGCGAUCUUCCGGGACAAGCAGGGCGAUCUUACGAGGAUAGUCAUCCCGAAGAGCGCGAAGACGGAGAACGUGCUGGAGGAGAUAGAGGAGGAGCUGGCGAGGAGGGAGCUGGUCAUAGCGAAAAUGGAGCAGAAGGAGGAGGAGAUGAAGAAAGUAACGCUGGAUGAUAUCGAAGACAUCAUCGAUGUCGCAAGUGUGAUCGCGGACAAUCUUGGCGCUUCGAUCGUCCACGUCUCCUGCUCCAGCAUCCUUCUCUACCGCCCAGCCCCCGGCAUCCAAGACGCAAUCAUCAUCCCGGAGGACGACGAUUUCGAGCUGCCGGUGGAGCUUGCGGAGCUGACAGACAUGAGCCGGGUGAUCCAACUGAAGGACGACGAGGAAGAGGAGGAGCAGGAGGAGCAGGAAAUUAAGGGGAUGGGGCCAUAG